CCGGAAGUUUUUAAUCGGCGGGCUUUAGAUCUGUUUGUAAUGUGGCAAUUACUAUUUUAAUCGAUUAUUUAUGUUGAUAAAUAUCAAUUUUUAUUUAAAUUGUGUCUUUUAAAAUAAUCAAAAAUGGCCUCGGCACAAGAAAGAUUGAAAUUGAAACGUCCUUGCGAAGUAUGGAGUGUCAAAGAACAACUUUGUUUAGCAUCGAGUGUUUUAAAGUCAGGCGAUCAAAAUUGGAUGAGUGUAUCACGUUCAUUAAAACCUUUUCUCGAGAAAGAUACACAAAGACCCGUCGAUUGGUUUUCUCAAAAAGCUUGUGCUCUUCAGUACGCACAAUUAUUAGAGAAUGCAGAUACGCCAAAAAGAAAGAAACGUGAAACCAGCGAGACUAUCGGCGAAUCCAUUGUUCGACGAUUAACUCAAGAAAGAAUGGCCGAAUUAAGUCAAUUUUUAACAUCACAAAGAGAGGAAUAUCAACAAUUAAAAAACGAAUUAAAUCUUCUUAAAUCGGUAAAUAUGUCAGAAGAAAAGUUACAAAAAAUGUGGCUCACAAUUGAGCAAGAAGAACGUGAACAAGAGCAAAAAAAUAAAACACACACCACUUGGUUGGCGAGACGACAAAAACAAGAAGGACAAACUCCACAAAUUCUCGGCUUUAAUAUUCAACGAAAAUCCGAAAGUUCCGAAAGUGGUCACGAUACUUUAGAUCCAAAUACAGACGAGGAAGAGAAAAAGAAUAAAGGAGGUCGAUCACCAUUAUUGACGAGUUUGUUAAAAUCUCCAAGUCCAACAACUCAAAUUCAAUCACAAACAGCUCAAGUCACUUCGCCAACAAUUGCCAGUCUUCUAGGUUCUAGUCCAAAAAUUCCCAAUCCUCCCUUAACUCAAACCGUUUCACCUCAGCUUCAUCAAUUGGUUUCCACUGCCAUUGCAAAUGCAACGCCCGAACGACCAUCAGCCGGUGCUCCGACACUCUCAAUGCUCUUGGAACUUCCUGCAAAUUUACAAAGAACAGCACAACUUUCAAAUUUACAAUCACACACAUCAAACACUACAAAUUUACCUCAACAAAAUGUCGAUGUUCAAUUAAUGCAAAUUGACAAUCAACGAGGUGGUAAUAUUCAAAUUAUCGAACCACCAAUUGCGUCUGGCAAUAUAUCAACAUCGGAAAUAAUUGAUCACAUUGACGAAGUAAUUCCAAAAGAUAUAAUGGCCGAUGUGAUUGACAAGGAUGAGAUCAAUGAGAUUAUUGGCGAUAUCGAGGAAUUAAUCAAAGGAGAAAUUCCCGACAAUCCCCAAGUUCUUGAUCCUGGAACAACAACGGCAGUUAUUGAUAAUUUAAAUUUACCACAAUCACAGCUCAACGUAACCGGAAGACGGGAAAUUAAAAAUCCUCAAGAAACUGUCGAUUCACUAGAAAGUAAAAUAAUUCACGAAAAAAUUAAUUCCAAUAAAACAUCGAAUAUCGACGAAAUUAUUGGCACAGUUGAAUCAACAAAAUUCAUUUCCCACGAGACAAAAUCGGGGGACGAAAAGAAAUUCCAAGAAGCAAUUGCAACGGAAGAAUCAAAAAAUGAGAAAUCCCUCGAAUCGAAAAUAAACAUUACUGAAAAUCAGAAAAAUUUGGAAAUUGUCAACAAAUCAUUGAAAAAUGAAGAACAAACUAUGGAUAUUGAAGAGGAAGAAAAAUUGCUCGCCAAUGAAAAUGAAGAAGCGGAAAAAGAAGAUCCAAAGAAAUUCAAGAUGAAUGAAGAAAUUGAAGACGCAAAUAAAUCCAUGAAAGAAGAAACAUUAAAAUCAACAAAAGAGGAGGUAAAUAAGUUGACUAAAGAAGUUCGAAAAACUACUAAAGAAGAAGUAAAAAAGAAUCCUAAAGAAGAAAUUAAGAAAAAUUCUAAAGAGGAAGCGAAAAAUAUUAUUAAAGAAGAAAUUAAAAAGAUUUCCAAAGACGAAGUAAAAAAGAAUCCCAAGGAAGAGGUUAAAAAACUUUUCAAAGAUGAUAUUAAAAAGAAUCCUAAAGAAGAAGUUAAAAAGCCACCUAAAGAGGACUUUAAAAAGAAUCCUAUAGAAGAAGUUAAAAAUAUUUCCAAAGAGGAUAAAAAGACACCUACAGAGGAAGUUAAAAAAGUACUUAAAGAAGAUGUCAAAAAAAUACUUAAAGAAGAAAUUAAAAUUUCUAAAGAAGAAGCAAAAAAGAACCCUAAAGAAGAAAUUAAGAAAAAUCCCAAAGAAGAAGUAAAAAAGAAUCCAAAAGAAGAGGUUAAAAAUAAAUCUAAAGAGGAAAUUAAAAAGAAUCCUAAAGAGGAAAUAACAAAGAACACUAAAGAAGAGCUUAAAAAGAAUCCAAAAGAAGAAUUAAAGAAAUAUUCAAAAGAGGAGGUGAAAAAGAUUUCUAAAGAAGAACCGAAAAAGAAUCCUAAAGAAGAAAUUAAAAAGACUUCUAAAGAAGAAACAAAAAAGCCUAAUAAAAUAGAAGCCAAAAAGCCUAUUGCGGAAGAUUCUAAAAAACUGAAUGAAACCAAGAAACAUGAUGAAACUAAAAAUUCAAAUGAAGAGGCAAAGAAAGACUCAUGUGAAUCCACGAGAAAAGAAGCCACAAAAAAUACAAACGAAAUUAAAGAAAACACAAAACUUGAUAUCAACGAAAAGAAUGAAAAUCUUUCAGAAAAUUUACCUGAUAAAAUGCAAAAUUUUGAGAAUAAAAAUUCCAAUGAUAAAUCAAAUCGAGAUCAUGCAAAGGAGAAAAUUAAAUCCGAUGAUGAUAAACUUAAAGUAAAUACCUCGAAGAUAGAUCAAAAUACCGAAAUAUUAAGUGUUUCCUCAAAUGAUACUUUAACCAAUGAAGAUACAGAAAAAUCUCAAGAUAUUAGUUUAAUUCUUGAAGAUGAAGAAGCAGCAUUGCCCGGUAAUCAAGAAAAGAAAAAAGAAAAAGAAAUUGAUAACAAUGAGAAAAAGUCUAGUUCAUCAUUAAAAGAAAAUGUCAAAAAAGAGAAAACAACUGAAGACGACGAAGAAACACAAGUGGAAAAUAAAAAAUUAUCAAAAGAAAUUGAUAAUAUUAAAUUAGAAAAUUUUAAAAGAGAAGAUACAAAAGAUUCUUCUGAUGGAACAUCAAAUACCGAACUCUUGGAAACUGAUAUGAAAGAUUUUGACGAUGACGAAGAAGAUGAACAAAAUAAAUCACUUCUCAAUACUACUGAAAAUACUAUACGAAAAGAAUCUAAAUUUAAUGAAAUUCUCAUUAAAAAAGAAGACGACAAUUUAGGAAUUAAAGAAGAAAAUGAUGUUCCAGAAGAAAUGACAAUUGAUGAUAGAGAAAAAAAUUCAAAAAUCAUAAAGGAAGAAAUAAUUGACGAAAAGAAAAUUCAUUUAGAUGAUAGUGUACGUAAAGAACAGGCUCAUUUUUCGGGAAGUGUUUCAGAAUUAGAUGAAGAGGAAUCAUCAUUGAGUAAAUUGAGUGGUGGUAGAGGUGUAAUGAAAACCUAUUCCAAAAGGCAAACAAUUGCAAUUGAUAGUGAACCAGAAAUGGAAAGUAGUGAAGGUGCUGAUUAUAGGGCAUGGAAAAAAGCUGUUAUGCUAGUUUAUAAUAGACUAGCAACACAUAAAUAUGCCUCAGCAUUUUUACGGCCAAUUACUGAAGAUCAAGCACCUGGAUAUCAUUCAAUUAUUUUUCGACCCAUGGACCUGUCUACUAUUAAGAAAAAUAUUGAUAAUGGCACAAUACGAUCAACGAGACAAUUUCAACGAGAUGUUAUGCUGAUGUUUCAAAAUGCAAUAAUGUACAAUAAACAUGAUACAUUUGUUUAUAAAAUGGCUAUCACAAUGCAAGAAGAAUGUCUUCAGCAUAUGCAGAUUCUAGUUCAAGUUACCGGUGAAGUGUCGUUUCGAAGAGAAACAAGAACGGCAGCAAGUACAAGCAACGAAGCAAGUGAAUCUAAUUCAAAGCGAAAGAGAAGUCACAUUACGCCAAGUCCUCAUGAUACAGAUCAUUCACGAGGAAAGAAACGACGAAAGUCUGAAAAUGACUAAUUAGUAUGGUAAUCGUUUUAUAUGUACCUAUAUAUAUAUAUAUUUAAAUAGAUAUGUAUAAAUUAUUAUAGUCUGCGUUAAAUAUUGAACUGUUGCGAAUUUAAAAAAAAAGAAACAGUUUUUGAAUAUAUCUUUCAUAUUGAAACUAAUGUCCGUGAGAGAGAAUGAAAAAAAAAUAUCCGAGAAUUUGAAUAAUUUUCAAAUAAUCAAAGAAUGAGAUUUAAUAAUUAAUGUGAGAAUUAUUAUUGUGCAUAUAAGUAUGGAAGAACGCAGAUACAAUUAUUGUGAUAGAAAGUAAGAAUUCGAUAAGAACAUUAGCAUAUAAUUUUUUUUUAAUUUUCUAUGGCUUAACCGUUUAAAGAACUAAUUAUAAUUCUAUAUAUUAUUUUAAAUCAAAGCAACAAAAAUAUAUUGAUGAGUUAAAAUAAAAUAUAAGACUUGAUUUUAUAUUGUAAUAUAAUAAAAUUAUUAUUAUAUAUCAUUAUAUAUUCUAAAUUAUAAAACAAGAUUAAUAUACUAUUAGUUUAUUAUACACUAUUAAUAAUAUACUAUUAGUCUUAUAUUUUAUUAUAUUUAAUAUUGUAUUUACAAUAUCUUAAUGUAAAAAGGAAAUGUUGCUUUGGAAAACAGCGCUUAUUCGCUUUCAUUGAAUUACACAAUGUAUUUUUAUUAUUUUUAUCGAAAUUAUCAAAUUCUUUUUUAUAUUUCCUUUUUUUCUUCACAUUAUUAUAUAAUUUACUACAUAUUCACUGUUUGAGCGCUGAAUUGAGAAUAAGUUGUCGUCAUUUUUUAUAUACACGAAUAUUUAAAUAAUUUUUAUUUAAUAUUCAUAAGUAGUUCCAAACAAGAAAAAGAUUUGUUACAUUUUGAUAAUUUUUUUUUUUUUUCUUUGAAAAGUGAAUAAACGUUUAUUAUCGCGAAU